CAUCACUCAAAUUGUCCGAGGGAGGGUAACCACGUUUAAUACCUCAACCCCCAUACAAGCGCAAAGUAAACCAAAGAGCAAAGAGCGUUUUUAUAAAAUGUCUCUUUGUUCUAAUUAAUUAGCUGCGUUCAUUGUGUUGCUCUUUUUCAUCCAUCCAUGGAGGAAAAUACGUUUGAUCGAGAUUUGAUUCGUGCAAUUUUCAGGCUUGUUUGGGAGAGACGAGUUGCAGAGCGAGACAAAAAUCAACUGCCAGAACCUGAAGCUGAGUCUGGGCCGAGUACAUCAAAGAGAAGCCGGCUCACGUCUGCCAACGCAAAUGCGUUAAAGCUGAGCUGUGAACUCCUCCGGCUUUUUGUGUCAGAAGCUAUUCAACGUGCUGCUACCAUUGCUGAAGCUGAGGGCUCUCUUAAAAUAGAAGCAACUCAUCUUGAGAGGAUUCUUCCUCAGUUGCUUCUAGAUUUUUGAGGCAUAAAAUAUGCAAAUUGAUGCUGGAACUGGAUGAAGAUGACAGCAUAUAGGUGAUGAGAGAGCUUGCAAAAGUGUGGUGAUUGACGCACAUUGGGAGAUUCCUAACGACUUGUCACGCCUAUGUGAAAAAAUGAAAUAAAUUUGUUAUGACUGGCUAGAUAUCCUAGUUGAAAGACCUAAUGCUUUUACUUCAGGAGGUGGUAUUAACAAUUUGACAUUUUACUUUGGGCAACCAUUCUGUUUUGGAGCAGAUCCUUUUUUUCGUCUGCCUUAGUACUGAUAAAUUACAUGAAUAUUAUGCCAUCUGACUGGAAUUUGAUUCAAAUUACAUGGUGGGAACACACACAAAUAGCAACAUUUAGAUUACAAGACUUAGUUACUCACACUUGACAUAACCAAUACCUCAACAUUUAGUAUUUGGACAACCCUACAAAUCCUACCACAUAAAAAAGUAUCCAAAUUAUUUCCAUGAUUCUCUCAUAAACUAGUGCGUAAUCUGAGCCAGCAUGCACCUAGCAUCCUUACUGUUGGGCCUCUCUUUAGGAUUCUCCAGCGUGCAGAAACACGCAACCUUGAGCACGAGAAGCAUCUGCUCCUCAUACCCAUUCCCGAGCAGCUUGGGAUCAAUCGCCUGUUUGGGCUCCUCAGAAGCCAUCACUUUCCUCAUCCAUUUCACCAUACUCAUCUCAUCGGUGUGCAGGAAGAACUCGUCUGACGGCAGUUUCCCCACGACCAGGGCCCCCAACACUACCCCAAAGCUGUACACGUCACACUUGUCCGUGAACUUGAACGUCUGGUAAUACUCGGGCGCUAUGUACCCCACCGUACCCGCCACGUUGGACGAGGUGACAUGCGUGUGGGCAUCCGGGACUGCCUUGGCCAGCCCGAAAUCGGCAAUGCGGGCCUCCAUCUCGUCGUCCAGGAGCACAUUCCCGGGCUUCAAGUCGCGGUGGAUGAUCCGUGGGCUCUGGUUCAUGUGAAGGUACUCGAGCCCUGCGGCCACACCAAGCGCAAUUUUGUAACGGGCGGGCCAGUCGAGCGUCCGCCUUCCCUCAGCCACCUGCUGGAGGCAGUCCUGUAAACUGCCAUUCUUCAUGUACUCGUACACCAGGAAAUGGGAGUCGGCCCGAGGAAGGUGGGCCAGGAGGGAGAGGAGGUUUUUGUGUCUGAUCCGCCCCAUCGUCUGUAUCUCCGACUUUAUCUGCCGCAUUUUCUUGGUGAGAAGCUUGCUUUCUUCUGAGAGCUCACCGGCAUCCCUAAUCGGCUGGAUUAUUUUCUUGAUGGCGAUUUCUUUCCCGUUGCUGCCCGGGAGAAGGGCUUUGUAGACCUCCCCACACCCGCCUCGGCCAAUGACGGGAAGGGACGAUAACCCGUCGUUAUUUUCGAGGAAGGCCAGGUCCUCGGGCCCUUUGAUCAAAGGGCUGAAGAUAUUUAGUUUCAUGUCCCUCUUACGCCUUCUGAUAAACAUGAGAAGGAGCUUGAAAAGCAGGCCGAACACCAGCCCGGAAAUACCUCCGGCCAGGACUCCCGUCAGGAAACCGAGAAUCGCCUGAACUAUUUUCUUUUUAUUCCUCUUGUGCCCCCUUUUGGGUGUUGGUGUACUGUUGGCUGAGUGGCUUGGAGCAGGGGCCACGGCCGAGGAGGACUGGUUUCUUCUUCGGGGGCUCUCGGCAAACACGUAGCGUGCGGGGAGCGGCUCGUUUUUGAGUAUGCUGUUCGAGAGAUUAUCACUCUCGAGCAAAACGUUUCCCGACACAUUUAUGAAUCUCAAGUUACGGAAGAAUCUCAGGGAAGACGGUAUUUUCCCGGAGAAGGAGUUGUCGGCAAGGUUGAGCCUUUCCAUGUUGGGAAAAUGCUUAAGAAAUUCCAGGUUCCCAUUGAACUUGUUUGAGGACAGGUCAAGGACUCGGAGGCGGAUUAAGGACGAUAGUCCGGGCGGGAUUUUCCCGGAGAAAAGAUUUUUUCCGAGGUUUAGUGUCUCGAGCUUUUGGCAGUCGAUGAUUUGAGGGGGAAUUUGGUUAGAGAUUUGGUUGUUGUGCAGGGAAAGCUCUUUGAGCUCCGAGAGGUUGCCAAUGGCGGGAGAUAGUCUCCCUUUGAGGCGUUGGGAGUCGAGAAGCAGACGUGUUACUCUGAGAUUGUAUGUCUUGUUUGUGGUGAGCUGUCGUUUGCAGAAUAUUCCGGCAGUAGUGCACAAGUUCUGGCUAGCUGGAAAGUGGCGGAUGCCGAAAUCUGCGUGUAUCUGCACAAGGGCAUUAUGGUCGGACGGGAGGAGAUCGAGCCUCGAGCUCGAGCAAACUAGGAAAGCGAGUGUGGAGAGAAAGAGGAGGGAGAAGAGAGUGUUGGGGUUGGGAUGAGAUAUUAUUGGAGCCAUAUUUAGGUUCUUGAGUUGCAGGUAGUUGGAGGGGUGGUGGUUGUUUUUAAGGUUAGUAGCUAUAUAAAAAACCAGAGUCGUUGACUGUUGUGUUGUGUUGACUUGGAAGUGGCGUG